GAACUUGGGUGUUAGAGCGUGGUUUAUGGCAUAUUGAUGAUUGCAUUAUGUUUGUUGCGCCUUGGACUCCUACUGCUUCUUUAGCUGUACCAGAGAUCACUUCAGUUCCGGUGUGGGUGACUUUAAAGAACAUCCCAAGCUGUCUUUAUUCAGAAUGGGGUAUUAGUUGGAUUGCCUCAGGAUUGGGAGAACCCAUGCUAACUAACAAACCAAGAUUGGACCCGACUCUUAUGGGUGAGGCUAAGCUAAUGGUGGAAGUGGAAUUAAACAAGCCUUUUCCACAGAGAAUUGCAGCUGCAGACAAGAUAGGAAAUGUCUCAAUGGUUGAUGUUGAAUACUCUUGGCUCCCAAAAAAGUGUGAGAAAUGUGGUCACCUAGGACACAAGGAAACUAGAUGCCUCCUUCUUCACCAGCCCACUACUCUCUCCACUAUUCUAAAGGGCUCUCCCUUAGAGGUUGUUGCACAUGUUGAAGAGCUGAAUGUUGUCUCUGCUCCAGCCAACUCCACUUGCUCUUCUGAAAACGUUGAGAUGGAUUCUGCUGUAACUCGCUUUCCCUCUCCAUCUGAGGAGGAACCAUCAACACCAAUUGCUAUUGUGCCUGACUUUUCUCUCUCUACUGCGUUAGUAAACGCCAAUUUUACUCCCACUAUUUCAACCUCUUCACAGGUUGCACCAAUUGAGACUUCUUCCAUGGUUGGUACUACGCCAGCUAUCAAUACCCUAGCUACUCCUACCCAACCAGGUUCAUUGGCAAAUGAAUUUGUGCCAGGGAAUGUUUAUGGGAGCAAUAUGUUUGCCUCCUUAGACUCGGGAGUUACUACAGGUUUUGAGAUGGAUGACUUCUCUCUAAAAACCCGAGGUGGUAGAUCAAUCAAACCUACUAAAAAAAUUCAAGAGAUGCAAUGGACUAUGGUUGGAGGACGUGGUAAACGUGGUCGUGGUGGCCGCGGUGGUCACGAUUAAUCGAACUAUUUCCUUGUUCU